AAAGAGAAAACAACAAUUAGUUUAUCCUUGUAAUAGAUCCGUUAGGGCUGUAAGAACAUCUACCUUGGGACCUAUGAAAGAUCUUAACUAAAAUGGCAAGUUUAAGAUCUAAGAGGACGAAGAUAUGCUCUCAGAAUUCUUCCAUUUCAGAUCCAAGUGUAGAGAGAGCUACAUGUUCCUCAACACUCAAAGGUUCCAAAUUUCCAGAUCAUCUAGAGAUUAAUCCAGGAGGAAAUGAAUCCAAUGGAACUGCAGUUGCGAAUGUCUGUCGGUACAGUUAUUGUUCUCUUCAUGGCCAUAAUCAUGGUGAAAAACCCCCAUUGAAGAGGUUCAUGUCGAUGAGGCGGCGAGCAGCAAAGAGUCAGAAAAACUUGAAACCAGACCGUCAAUCCUCUGGUAAAGCAAAGCAUUCUGGUAAUGGAAAGAAAGCAGUACAGAAAGAGAAAAGACUAUUUAAUGAGGAUCUUGGGGUUGCAGUUCAACAAGCUGUUGAUAUCAGAAAUAUUCCUUCAGUACAAGGAAAGGAUGGGAAGAUGGAAGAACCAGCUUCAGGCAUUGAAGAUAGGAAUGAAGAUUCUGAACUUGAUACCGGAAUUCUUCAAGCUGAGGAUACUAUGGCUGCUACUAGUAGUACUGAUGUGGUGGAAAAUCAGAAGAAUUUCACAUUUUGGAAAUUAAUAUACCGGCAUAUGGCCACAGGUCUUGAUGCUGAACUUGAAACGAAAGCACCACGAUCUGGAAUGAGUUCUGAAGAACAAGUAGAAGAUCUGCAUGACGGACGUGAAAAGAACAACUCUUGUUGGGAAAUUUCAAGGGUGGAUAAAGCCAUGAACAAUGAAGAUCAUGAAGCAAGCAACCGGAAGCUUGAGUUCAGCCAAAGCGAUGCCAUUAAGCUGGUACAGCAAGCAUUUGACAAGAUCCUCUCCGAAAUUCCAGACCACUCGUCGGAUGAUCAAUCAAUUGUUAGUGAAAGAACCUCAGGCCAGGAGUUCUUGUAUCAGAAGCAGGAUGAAGACAAAGAAGUAAGCACCUCAACUUCGUCUAAUUCCAUUGAAGACUGUACUGUACAUGAUCGAGAAGAAAUGAAGUUUCAAUCUGGUAAAGAAAUUGCAUCUGAAGAAGUGAAAGUAGCCCAAAAAGAAGGAAAAAAGGCUGACAAGCAAAUGCCAAGCAGCUGGAGCAAUCUGAAAAAGAUAAUAAUCCUCAAGAGAUUUGUCAAGUCACUACAGAAGGUGAGGAACUUAAAGCCAAAACUUCGUUAUCUUCCUAUGGCCAAUGAUCCGGAAGCAGAAAAGAUUCAACUGAGGCAUCAAACUGAGAAAGGGAGGAAAAAUACGGAGGAAUGGAUGCUCGACCAUGCACUUCGUCAGGUUAUUUCAACAUUGGCUCCAUCUCAAAAAAGAAAAGUUGCUAUGUUGGUACAAGCAUUUGAAACUGUCAUCCCAGCAAAAAUUGGAGAUGAUUUGAGGUCCAAUACAUCGGUUUCUUCUACUACUGCUCAAGACUAUAAUGAGUCCUCAGUUGACAAUGACGGUGGCAAAGAAAAUGAAAACACUUCAGAAAUCUCCCCAGGCAAGCCAUUGAACUCUGAAAUGGAUUCCUCAGAUGAUUAUGACCAAGUCGGUGAAUCUAAUGUAGGAUACCUGCAAUCUACCAAUUCAUCUCCAGAUUCUAAAGAAACAGACAUGAAGAAAGAAGAUGAUUGUGCCAUUGAUGACAAUAAUGGGAAUGAAGUUUCCAUAGUCAACCUCUCUUUGUCAGAAUUUAAAGAACCUCGAAUAUCUGAUAAGUCCUUAACCGAUGAGGAUGCAAUGGGGACCUCUCAUGACAAAUUUUUCACUGUAAAUGAAGACGUUCAAAGAAUUGCAAAGGAAGAAAUUUUGAUUCAGAGCUCAGAAGUCUGCAACACAGAUUCCGAAUUCGGUAUAAAGAAGAUGGAUAUGGAGUCCAGUGACACUAGCAAUUCACCUUACCAGUCACCUUGUAAACCUGAAUGCCUAGAAGAAGUUGGUGAAGGAUAUCAGCCAAAACAUAAAUUCCUCCAUUCACCACUUGAACAAUCCGAUUUGAAUUUCGAAGCUAAUAUUUCUCUGUCUGAAAGACAAAAAUACACGAGGCUUUGGUACUUGAUAUAUAAGCACAUGGUGUCAGGUAGUACCACAGAAAAUGGAUCGCAACCACUUGCAGGUGAGGAAGUCCAAGGAAACGAUGCCAGCAAACAUCCUAAAGAGAACAACGCUGAUCGUCAAGGUCCUUCUGCAGCUGGUCAGAACAUGAUUGAAAAUUACUCAACAGGACACAACAAUGAGAUUAUAAAGCUUGUAGAAGAAGCCAUAGAUGAAAUACCUCUUCCAGAAAUUCAAGAUGACACAUCAGAGAAUCAGUCAGUAGGUGAGGUAAUUCCAGAUCAAGAACUCCCAGAAAAGAAUUAUGGUCAAGAAGAGGUAAAAAUCAUCACCAGUUCUACUGGUUCUGCUAAAGAGAAUUAUGAAGAAACUAAAACCAUAAGAACAGAGGUUAGUUCAACCUUGACUUCCAAAGAAAAAAUACUGAACUCUCAAAAUGUCAACACCAAUAUGGAAGCAAAAGGAGGAAUAGAGGAGGGAAAUAAAUCCAAGAAGAGAGUGCAGAGAAAUUGGAGCAAUCUGAAAAAGCUAGUCCUACUUAGGAGAUUUGUUAAGGCAUUGGAAAAGGUCAAAGAAUUUAACCCAAGGGGACCUCGAUACCUGCCCGUAGAUCCUACCCCAGAAUCAGAGAAAGUUCUCCUAAGGCAUCAAAAUAUGAGAGACAGGAAAAAUGCUGAAGAAUGGAUGUUAGAUUAUGCACUACAACAAGUGGUUGCUAAACUAACUCCAGAAAGGAAGAGGCGAGUGGGCCUUCUUGUCGAAGCAUUUGAGACGGUCAUUCCGACUAUAAGUUGAAGUCAUGAAAAGCCCCAAUAAAGCUUAUCCGGAAAAGCUAAUCAAACUGAAGCUACAAGGUAUGGAGAAAAGAAGUGGCCGUCUAAUACGGUCAAUCUGAAUGGCACAGAAACAUGAGUGCGGUCUGGCAAAACAUCACAGUAGGAACACAAUGGAAACUGAAAUGGUUGUUGUUUUCAGAUCCAUAUAGGAAAUAGUAGUGUAGAGUCUGAAAAGUUGUAAGUUGCAAGAUUUUUUUAAACCUCAAAUCAUAUUUCGAGCAUGCUUGGUGAAAGGAAAAAGGGAAGAAUACCAGAUGUGUUCUUGUUUAAGUAUGGUGUUGCAUAUUACCUUAUUCCUUUCGGAACAGUACAGCGGUUAUUCUAAUAAAUGGUUAUGGACAUCA